AGUGGCCUCCAACUCGUAGCAGUCUUCCUGCCUCAGCCUCCCAAGUGGUGGGAUUACAGGUGUGUGCGACCACAUCCUGGCAUCCUCUCUCUUUUUGAGACAAGAUCUCAUUAAAUUGGCAGGUUGAUAUCGAACUCGACAACCCAGGCUGCUCUCAAAUUUCCCAUUCUGUUUCACCCCUAACCCCUACCAGUGCUGGGAUUACAGACAUAUGCCACCAUGCCCACUAGAGUUCCACUCUCUUGGCUCUUCUCGCCAACCAUCCCCUCACCUUCCCGCCCCCUUCCAGCUCUCGCGAGGGAUUGUGGGACAACCCUCAUAGCCCGCCAUUCCCAGCCACGAGGGCCGUUAACGCCCAGCCCCCCGCACCCACCCACACGUUUUCUGCCACCAGCCUGCGGCGUGGAGGCUACCUGUACCCUCUCUGCUUCACAGCAGGCCUCACUGGAGAAGCAGCUGGCAAAGAUGUCUCAGGCUGUUCGUCUGUCAAUACCUUGUCCAGUUCAACUUGGUACCUUAAAAAAUGACUCCUUAGAAGCACAACUUCAUGAGUAUGUCAAACAGGGGAACUACGUAAAAGUAAAGAAAAUUCUGAAGAAAGGAAUUUGCAUUGAUGCAGUUAAUUCCCUGGGGCAGACAGCACUUUUUGUGGCCGCAUUAUUGGGCCUUACGAAAUUAGUUGAUGUUCUGGUGGAUUAUGGAUCAGAUCCAAAUCACCGCUGCUUUGAUGGCAGCACCCCUGUCCAUGCAGCAGCAUUUUCAGGCAGUCAGUGGAUCCUCAGUAAACUUCUGGAUGCAGGGGGUGACCUACGGCUUCAUGAUGAGAAGGGUCGAAACCCACACACUUGGGCCUUGGCAGCAGGAAAGGAUCGCAGUACCCCGAUGGUGGAGUUCAUGCAGCGCUGUGCCUUGCACAUGCAGGCCAUCAUGCAAGGCUUCUCUCAUGACCUCCUGAAGAAGAUAGACUCCCCUCAACGGCUCAUCUGCAGCCCACCCUGCCUUGUGGGCCUACUGCAAGGAAGUCCUAGUGGUUCUCCUAAUCGACCUCUUAAAGCUGGAGUCAUUUCUACCCAAAAUAUCUACAGCUUUGGCUUUGGGAAGUUUUAUCUCACAGGUGGCACACAGCUUGCCUAUCUAGGCUCUCUUCCAAUAAUUGGAGAAAAGGAAAUGAUUCAAGCUGAUGAUGAGCCCACUUUCUCUUUUAUCAGUGGGCCUUACAUGGUCAUGACCAACCUUGUGUGGAAUGGGAGUAGAGUCACAGUGAAGAGCCUGAAUCUCCCCACCCACCCUCACAGCAACAAGCUGAGGCUGGCUGACUUACUGAUUGCUGAGCAGGAACAUAGCAGCAAGCUGCGUCAUCCGCACCUGCUACAACUGAUGGCUGUGUGCCUGUCCCAGGACCUGGAGAAGACCCAACUUGUGUAUGAGCGCAUCACUGUUGGCACACUAUUCAGUGUCCUUCAUGAACGGCGGUCCCAGUUCCCUGUGCUGCACAUGGAGGUGAUGGUGCACUUACUGCUGCAAAUUGCUGAUGCCCUGAGAUACCUGCAUUCCCGGGGGUUUGUCCACCGCUCCCUCAGCUCUUAUGCCAUCCACAUUGUGUCUGCAGGGGAAGCAAGGCUGACCAACCUGGAAUACAUGUUGGAAAGCCAGGACAGUGGUGGACACAGGGACCUGAGUCAAGUUCCCCUCCCCACCGAGCUAUACAACUGGGCUGCACCGGAAGUGAUCUUUCAGAAGGCAGCCACGGUGAAGUCAGACAUCUACAGCUUUUCCAUGAUCAUACAAGAGAUUUUAACAGAUGAUGUGCCCUGGAAUGACUUAGAUGGCUCAGUUAUUAAGGAAGCUAUCCUCUUGGGAAACUAUUUAGAAGCUGAUGCCAGGCUUCCAGAACCUUACUAUGAUGUUGUUAAGUCAGGUAUCCAAGUCAAGGAGAAAGACAGAAUUAUGAAUCUUCAAGACAUCCAGUAUAUUCUGAAGAAUGACUUAAAGGAGAAUACUGGAGUACAGAGAACCCAGCCAAUGGAGAGCCCCAGGGUGCAGAGAUGUGAACCCUAUCCUGAUGUUAGUGUCUAUCUAGGACUAACUUCACAACAUCGAAAGGCCGGUGUAGACUUGGAAAUUAAAGAGCUAAAGGAAUCAGGCAGUCAGCCCCAUUCACCAAAGGAUUACUCUUCUCCCACUGCAAAAGCAGUAUUAGCUCCUCAGACUCCAGAUCCAAGUCUGAUGGCCCAGGUGCCUCAGAAUCUAGCUGCUGCUGCUGCUGCUGUUGCUCCUCCUCCUCCUCCUUCGCCACCUCCUCCUCCUCCUACAUCGGUUGUGGCAGAAACCAGUGCAAGUCAGGGCAGCCUCAACAGCUUCGAAAUCAAUGAAAUCUUCUCAGGCUGCUUGAACAUAGAAAUUGACACAGAGGAAGAAUGCCCAGGUGCUACUUCAGCUCUUGAGGAUGAUAAACCAAACCAGGUAGAUGAACUACAGUCCCUGGAAGAAGAGUUGGAUAAGAUGGAGGAAGAGGCACACCUUUGUGAUGAGGACGAGAACUCUUCAGAGGUUGACACAGAGCUGUUUUUUGGUGACUGGGACUGGCAAAAUAAUUCACUUAGUUUACUCAGCCUACCCAAGCCAGCCAGAGAAGCCACGGGUAAAGUGAGCAGCUGGUCCAAGACUGAGGAGUACAUCAGUAAAUGUGUGCUGAAUCUAAAGAUUUCACAGACAAUGGCUCACGAGAUUACAGAUUUGGUGGGAAAUAUUAAGCAGAAAUUAAAUGAGGUUGAGUUGAUACAAAAGGAGAAUACAUCUUUGUGGACUGCUUCAAGAUUAUUUCCAGAUGUCUGUGAUUUACCUAGACCAGUAGGCCCUCCAACUUUGAAUUACAUUCCUCCUGUCAUGCAGGUGUCAGGAGGCUCCCAUCCAGACACCAGUGGCAAUUUCCCAACCUUACUAAGGUCCCCAAGAAGAGUGAAAGAAUUUCAAGGAGCAUAUUGUGACAAAAAGCCCAAAAGAAGUAGUAGUUAUGCCUGGAAACCUUUCACCCACAUCUCUGAAGAAAGCACUGAGUACCAGGCAGAGAGACGUCAUCAGCUGUCAACUCUUUGUGACCCUGGGAAACAGGACACAGGUGAAUCAUUUCAGGUCACUCAAGGAGCCAAGGACAGUUUGGAAAGGAAGAAGAACCAAGAUAGUAGCCAGGGAAGGUCUAAGGAGUUCAGUACCCAAGGCAAAGUCAUGGAGCUAAAGAGUGUCCUUUUCCCUGUGUCAAGCCAUGCUCAGGGACCUACUGGGUCAUCCCACCCUUCCCAGGGUUCUACCAGGAACAAUGUGGAAUCUACAUCUUCUGUAAUCUCUAAUGUGAAACAAGGAAAUAAAGAUGAUGGAAAGAUACACUUAAAAUGGAAAACGGAGGUGAAAGAAACGGCUGAGAAGGCAGCUAGUGGGGAGCUCCCAGUCCUUCCUUGGCAUCCUCAGAGCAGUUUGACUUUGAAGAGUGAGGCUGUCUGCAAGUCCGGUCCCUUGUUGCAGCCUCCUGCUAGGGGCCCUGAAACAAUGGGCUGGCAGCAAGGUAUAGAGUUUCACAAGGAGAAGGAGGAGACAGAAGGAUAUGAUGUCAGCUUGGUGAAAGUAGACAGCUGUAGCCACAACAGUGAGAAUUGUGGCAGACAGCCUGGGCCACAAAGCUUCACUGGUAUCAGGCAUCUUUCAUUGAGGAGAAAUGAGCAGCCAGAACCUAAUGGAGCCUUUCAAGCAAGUUCUGUUGUGUCUGUGACUGCUGAGAAAUCUUACAAUGAUCAGGCUAUACCAUCAUCGUGGUCACCAGAAUCUUCUGAGGAUGUAACAGAUGAAUUUUUAACUCCAGACCAUGAAUAUUUUUAUUCUCCAACUGCUCAAGAAAACUUACCUGUAGAGGCCUCAAGUCCCAUAGAAGGAAACUUUGAAGAAAUACAAGGUGUAUUUGCCCAACCUCAAGGCUACGGUGAGGAAAAGUUCCAAAUGGAAAAAUUCCUUGGAAAGAACACUGAGAUUUUCACCAGGCUCCAAGCUAUGCAAAGUGCUGAAUGUGAACAAGAAAAGACAUUAAAGGAGCCACCAAAGGAAAUGAAAGGAAAAGACAUAUCAUUAACAGACAUUCAAGAUCUGUCUAGUAUCUCCUAUGAAUCAGAUGGCUCCUUUAAGGAAACCUUAUGCAAAACACCCAAAGUAAGCCACGCGCCUACUAGUGUCAGCACUCCACUCAGCCCAGAACUAAUGGAAGCCAUCUCACAGCAUCAAAUCGAAGAGCUACCACCGCCAUCUCGGGAGCUGCUUGAAGAAAUCGAGCAACUGAAGCAGCAGCAGGCCUCAUCCUUGGUGUUGCAUGAGAGCACAGCAUGUCAUCCUAGCAUCACUGCAGAUGAUCCAACGCAUUUGGAUGAACAAGAAACUGACAGUAACAAAGAAGGUAGCAGUUUGCUUUGGACCAGAGAAUCACAGGAUGUAGGAGAUGACACAGAGAGAGCUCACUCUACUCUGGAUGAAGACUUGGAAAGAUGGCUACAGCCACCUGAAGAGAAGAAUAUGAAGCUACGUGGCUCCUGCGAAGACUUUAAAAGGGACACAAAAACCAAGGAUCAAGACUUCAUUGAAAAGAAGACCAAAAGGAAAGAAAACAUCAAGCCAGAGAGAAGGAAAUCAGAAAGCUUUUUAGGGACUUGUGAAGAAGAUGAACUAAAACCCUGUUUUUGGAAGCGACUGGGCUGGUCUGAACCAUCAAGGAUAAUUGUGCUGGAUCAGAGUGACUUGUCAGACUGACUGCAGCAGGAUCACAGAGGGAUUCUAGCCCGAUUUUGAGCAUCUGGUUGUGAGCUCCUUUCUUCUCUUGCCUGCUUCAGUCGCUAUCAGGAGAGCAGUUCAAGUUCUGUAUCAUACUUCGUUCAGCUGUUAUAGCAGUCAUGUGGUUCCAAUCUGUGUGUUGGAGGCACUUGUAACCUUUCAGAUUCCUGAAAAGUGCAAGGUAGUUACAAUUUCAAAAAUUGUUCAUUAUGCCCAGAAUGGCUUUUGAUUUUGUUGUGUAAAUUUUUGAAUACUUCACUUUUGUUAUACAAUAAAGUGGUUUUUUAUUUUUUACUACUAUUCA